CUUUGCGACGCUCAGAGAUUCUCACCAUGAAGCUCCUGUCACUGUUCCUGGUCGUGACCCUGUUUGGCCUGAUCAACUGGACCAGUGCCAUGCCUGACGCCGACCCAGAGGCUGACCCAGCUGGCUUCGGCAGGUUUCAUGGUGGAGGUGGCGGUCAUGGCUUCCAUAGGGGACACGGCCAUGGAGUCGGAAGGGUUCAUGGCCAAGGCUUUGCAAGGGGUCACAAUCGUGGCUUCGGUGCUCGUCAUGGCCAAGGCAUUUACGGAUAAUGAAAAAGACGCCAGAUAUAUACCACUGCAAUCAACCCAUUUGUAUGCCAGAGAUGCAAAUCUUUAUCAUACUGUAGGAUGGAAUUCAUCUCCUUGUU